GGUGGGUGAAGGCUGGACCUGGCUGGGACGGGGAGGGAGGGGUCGGGAGCCGCAGAGCCUCAGGCUUCCGCCAGGCCCCAGGUUCUUGGGAGCUCCGCGGGUCCCGGCCCAGACCAGAUCGUGCCCCUCCCUCGCUUGAAACCCGUCCCGCAGCUCCCCUUCCACCCCACUGAGAUGAAAAUUCGACGUCCACCAGUUCCUGCAUCGUCUCUGCCUAUCUUACUGCUCUCCACUUCACUCCUGGCUCACAGCACGCAGCCCCACCAGUCUCCCUGAUGAUAUAUCCAGAAAUUAUUCCAAAGGACGCAGGGCAGGUGGAUGACUUAAUUGGCCUGUGGCUGACCUGUGCCCACUCUGAGCUCCCCCUGAACUAAUCAGAGCCUUGUCAGCGACGCACCACCACACCCACUAAGGGGCACUUAAGACAGAGGAAGCUGGAGUCCGGGGACUCUUAAGACCAAGGCUGGGCCUGGCCCAGGUGACAAACAGGAAGUGCUCAGGCAUCCAGGAGACACACCUGGCUUUCAGAUGAGGAAGACUGGGGCCUGUUGGAAGUACAAAGCACAGCCCCUGCAGCCUCUGCCCCUGAGAGCUCCAUGCAGGUGCCACAGGAUGGAGAGGACUUUGCUGGCCAACCCUGGUACCACGGCCCACUGUCCCGCCAGAAGGCUGAGGCCCUCCUCCAGCAAGAUGGUGACUUCUUAGUUCGUGCAUCUAAGUCCCGUGGGGGCCACCCUGUGAUCUCCUGCCGUUGGCGGGGCUCAGUCCUACACUUCGAGGUGUUCCGUGUGGCCCUGCGCCCCCGGCCAGGCCGGCCCACAGCCCUCUUUCAGCUGGAGGAUGAGCGUUUCCCAAGCCUGCCUGCCCUGGUUCGCAGCUAUGUGACCGGCCAGCGUACACUGUCCCAGGCCACGGGAGCUGUGGCAUCCAGGCCAGUGACGCGGCAAGGACCUAUUCGACGCAGCUUUAGUGAAGACACCCUCCCAGACGGCCCGGCUUGGACAGAGCCACUCAGGGCUAGGAAGCGGAGUGACAGUCAGCCCGCAGGCUUGGAGCAUAUGGGGCAGCCAACAGAAGACCACCCUGGUUCAGUCAGGGCUUACCAUCUUCAGUCAGAGGGGCAAAAACAAAGAAUUCAAACUUGCAAUGUAGUAUUCAAAAAUUGCAAAACUACAUACGUGUCAGAGAAAGUUCGUUUUCAAACCAUUGGAGCUUCCACUAUGCCUGCAUCUGCCCUGCCUCGGACAGGUAGUGACUCCGUGUUGCUAAAGGUGCCCGUUCCCCUGGGGUCCAUUGCUGACAGCCUCAGGGCCUCUGAUGGGCAGCUUCAUGCCAAGGCACCAACCAAGCCACCUCGAACAUCCUCACUGAUGCUGCCUGAUGCCUCUGGAUGCCCCCCAACGUACUGUGAGCUGGUGCCCCGAGUGCCCAGGGUCCAGGGAACACCUGCUGGCCACAGCUGCCCAGAGCCAGAGGCACCAUGGUGGGAGGCUGAGGAGGAGGACGGAUGUUUUGCAAGACCGCAGGCAGAGGUCUCUUUCUGCCCACCUGACAACCCCUUCUGCCUGCUGGGCUCCCAGAAUCGGCCUCUGGAAACUGAAGUCCUGCAUACUCUCCAUGGCCUGUUCCUGGAGCACCAUCCUGGGAGCACCGCUCUCCACCUGCUAUUGGUGGAUUGCCAGGCGACUGGCCUCCUGGGAGUGACCAAGGCUCAGCGGGGCGCCAUGGGGGUCGCCUCUGGUCUGGAACUGCUCACACUUCCCCAUGGGCAUCGCUUGAGGUUGGAACUGCUGGAGAGGCUCGAGACGCUGGCACUGGCGGGGGCGCUGGCAGUGCUGGGCUGCGCAGGGCCGCUGGAGGAGCGCGCGGCCGCCCUGAGGGGCCUGGUGGAGCUGGCCCUGGCGCUGCGGCCAGGGGCGGCGGGAGACCUGCCCGGACUGGCCGCGGUCAUGGGCGCCUUGCUCAUGCCCCAGGUGUCGCGGUUGGAACGCACGUGGCGCCAGCUGCGAAGGAGCCACACCGAGGCUGCGCUGGCCUUCGAGCAGGAGCUGAAGCCACUGAUGCGGGCGCUGGAUGAGGGCGCCGGACCCUGCGACCCGGGGGAGGUGGCGUUGCCGCACGUGGCGCCCGCGGUGCGCCUGCUGGAGGGCGAGGAACUCCCCGGGCCCCUGGACGAGAGCUGCGAGCGGCUGCUGCGCACCCUGCACCGGGCGCGUCUGCUGGCCCGGGACGCGCCCAGAUUCCGCGAGGCGGCGGCUCGGCGCCUGCGAGGCUGCUCUGGGGGAGCCAAGGAGCUGGGGCGCCGUGGGCCACACGUCUUGAGAAGUUCCAGCGCGUCCUCACCGCCCUGUCGCAGCGCCUGGAGCCUGACCAUUGAGAGCACAGACCGCCCCCAUCUUCACGCUGGGAUACCAAGGCUUCCAUGGAGACCAAGGAAGCCGCCCAAGCUUCCUCACACAGCCAAAUGCAGUGGGGACCUGCACCCUGCCUCACAGGAGGGGACCUGGUUUGCAAGAACCCACCCUGUGCCCUAAAAAGGCACACUGAUCCUGGCGGAGGGCAGCCUCCUCCCCACACUAGAAGACGCAGAUGUCUGGAGGCUCUGGACGCCCUCUCCCACAUGCCCCCUCGCAUAUCCCACAAAGGGUGAACGUGUGGCUUUUAACGUUAAAGAGAACUUGCAGAUCUGUAA